CCCACUCCAGUGAGCCAGAUGGCGAUAUGCGUUUUACAGGCGAUGCUGCCAGAGUGUGACGUGGCAUUAAAUGUAGUGGACGAGACGCUUCUUCAACAACAGCUAAUCAGCCAUCUCAGGUAUCUUGGCUAGCCAACAUAGCCGAAACAUUGGAGCGCUUUAGACGUUUUCGGUGUAUAUUAGUCAUUGUGUUUUAAACAUACGUCUGUCGUAUCUACUAGUUAACCAUUUCACCCCCCCCCCGUAUUUACGUUGUUAGUCAGCUAGCUGACUGGUUAAGUUAGCACAAGGCUAGUCGCUUAUGCUAACAAGCUAGCUAAAAUCCCUGACCAUGAGCUCACCAAGGUACUCCCCGCCUGUUAAAGAAGAGGAUGUCUGCUGGACCGAGAAACAGGGUCUGUGGCUUAAUGUUGUCGUGAAAGAAGAAGAGGAAGAGGAGGAUGUCACAGUGAAAGGCAACGAGACUGGAGAUCUGAUUAACACCACAGGUGAAAGACCAGACUCUCACAGCGGGAAAAGUCAUUCAGGGGAACCUGACCCACAGAAGACCAAACCAGCAAGACCACACCACUGCUCCCAGUGUGGAAAGGGUUUUAGACUCUCAGGGCAUCUAAAAGUGCAUGAAAGAACACACACUGGAGAAAAGCCAUAUCUAUGCUCCCAGUGUGGAAAGGCUUUUGGACACUCAGGCAAUCUAAAACUGCAUGAACGAACACACACUGGAAAGAAGCCAUAUCAAUGCUCCCAGUGUGGAAAUACAUUUUUCUCAUCUGGGGACCUGAAAAAACAUGAGAGAACACACUUAGUAGAGAGGACUUUCCAAUGCGCCCAAUGUGGAAAGAGAUUUAUUCAGUUAGCGCAUCUGAAAGAUCAUGAGAGAAUACACCCAGGAGAACAACCAUUCCAAUGCUCCUUGUGUGGCAAAAGUUUUACCCAUUCAUGGAACCUGAAAAUGCAUGAGAUGACACACACAGGAGGGAAGACUUUCCGCUGCUCCCAGUGUGGAAAAAGUUUUACCCAGUUAGGGGCCUUGAAAACACAUGAAAUGACACACACAUAUGAGAAGGAGAGAAGCCUUUCUACUGCUCCCAGUGCGGAGAGUUUUACUUGGUUAGGGAAUCUGAAAACGCAUGAGAGAACACACACAGGGGAGAAGCCCUACCACUGCUCAGACUGGAAAUAGAUUUACCCAGCUAGGCUACCUGAAAUCACAUGAGUGGACACACUCUGUGGAAAAGUUUUACCUAGUUAGGGAACUUAAAUGCAUGAGAUGACACACACAGGAGAGAUGCCUUUCCACUGCUCUCAGUGUGGAAAGAGUUUUAGAAAUGCAGGGAACCUGAAAGUGCAUGAAAGAAGACACUAUGGAGAGAAGCCUUUCCAAUCUUCUCAUUGUGGAAAUACAUUUUCCCUGUCAGAGGACCUGAAAUCACAUGAGAGAAUACAGGCGCUGUGUUCUGACUUAUAUUUUUGACUUAAGAAAUUGUGAUUUGGUUUAUGCCACAUCAAAUCAAUGUAUAUGAAAGCUUACUCAAAAACAGGGUUACUUUUGUUUUUCUUUAAGACAUGAUCAUAUCUCAAAUCAAAAUAUAUAUUUUUAAAUCUGUAUUUUGAUUAUGAAGUAUAGAUUUGAAUAUUGGUAUUUAAAAAUAAAUUAUUAUAUAGAUUAAUAGAAUGUGCAUUUCUAGAUUCUAUCCUUGAAACCUCUUGGAUUUGGAUAUUACUAAAGAAAUUUGAUUGGAUGCAUGAUUUGGAUAUUGCAAAGUGUAAAUGAUUAGAUCAGGAUCAAAAUUGGUGGAGAAACAAAAAUAGCAUAAAUAGCUAAGUAUACCAGUUUUAUUUGAGUACCAGGAUGUUGACAGAGGUUUUUCGGGGGAGGACUGUGUCUGGGUCUUGGAUGGUUGGUGGCCUGGCGUUUGGGAGCGUGGGCCGGUGGCCCGAGUGGUCGCUGGUUUGGGUCCCCGAUUCGACUGUGUGUGAGAUCUGUCGAUUUUCCCCUUGGCGUGGCGCUUGACCCUAGUUACUAUUGUGGGUCGCUUUGGAUGGGAAUGGCUGCUAGAUGACUGAAUGCAAUGUAAAUAUUGAGCAGCUUCACUGCAGGUAGAUUGUAUGAUUUUUCAAAUUCAAUAAAAUAAAAUGUAACGUGCAUUAAUUA